AAACACAUUCAAUCAGAUCCAUGUGACAUGGUCACAUUCUCAAACCAUUGCACACAAAAAAGGGAAUGAUUGUUUCAUUAUUUGUUAUAUAUAUAUGUGUGUGUGUAUUCUCCUUUCAUGCACUUUUUGUCAAAAGAGAAAAAACAUGGGGAAAGCACUUUGGUCCUUUUUGGUUUUCACAUGCCUUUUGAUUCCUCUAGCAGUUGCAGAUUGGAACAUACUGAAGCUACAGACACAGGAUGGAUUGAAGAUCAGUUUGAAGAACUAUUGUGAAAGCUGGAGGAUGAAUGUGGAGCUGCACAACAUUAGGGACUUCCAAGUUGUGCCUGAAGAAUGCAUUGAAUACAUUGGAAAAUAUGUCAAGUCCACACAGUACAAAGUGGACUCACAGAGGGCAACUGAAGAGUGCUUGGUUUACCUUAGCACCAGCUGUAAUUUGAAGAAAGAUGGAUUGGAUGCUUGGAUUUUUGACAUUGAUGAUACCCUGCUUUCAACAGUUCCUUACUACAAGAAUAAUCUAUAUGGGGGAAAGAAACUGAAUGUGACAUCUCUAGAGGAAUGGAUGAGCAAGGGCAAUGCACCUGCUCUUGAUCACUCAUUGAAGCUAUACAAUGAACUUAAAUCCAGGGGGGUGCAAAUCAUUUUGGUUACUUCAAGGAAGGAGCAUCUCAGAUCAGCCACAAUUGACAACCUUGUCAAGGUUGGCUAUUAUGGUUGGACUAAAAUUGUCUUUAGAGAUCCUGCUGAUGAAUUGGUGUCAGUGCAAAAGUACAAGUCUGAUGUGAGAAGGCAAAUAACAAAUAAUGGUUAUCGCAUUUGGGGCAUUGUUGGGGACCAAUACAGUAGCAUUGAGGGGAUUCCAAGCCCCAGAAGAGCAUUUAAACUCCCAAAUCCCAUAUACUAUGUUGCCUAAUGUACCAUUCAUUUGCGAUUGCAUUAUUUCUCCCUCAUUUUCAACUUAUAUAAAUAAUAAUAAUUUGUUGCAAUAAGUUAAACAAAACCAGCCAGGUUAGGUUGGCUUUGUUCUUCUUAA